AUGCCUUUCGCGAUAGUAUCUCCGGAUAUUCGCAAUCAGUAUAUCGAGGCCAUCGACGCGAUACUGGCUAAGAGCGAUCUGAAUACUAUUUCCGAGAAGCGCAUUCGCAAAGGUCUCCAGGAAGUGGUUGGCUAUGACCUUACUCCGCAAAAGGCUGCAAUCAAGCAGCUCAUCAUGGAGAGGUUCGAUAUAUUUGCCGCAAGAAGCGGUAUAGGAGCUUCCUCCGAUGCGGCUACCUCAUCCACUGCCCCUACGAACAACGGCCAUGUAGAGAACUAUGCCUCAGUCACUCCAGUCGAACCGUCACCCCCCGCUCCGUCCUCCUCUCCACAGAAGCGUCAAGCAGAGAGUGACGAACAGUCCGACACCGCGAGCAAGACCCCACCGGCGAAGAAGAAGAAACCUGAUCAUGAUAUUGACGCGGAUGCCAUCUAUGCUGCCAAACUGCAGGCGGAGGAGAACAUGCGGGCUCGCCCUACUAGAGGUGCUAGUACGCGUAGGGCGCCGCCAGUAAAGAAGAAGGCAAAGGCCAAGACGUCUAAGAAGGUCAAGGCGGAGGAUGAUUCGGAUCUUGAUUCGGGCUCUGAGACCAAGAAAGAACCUAACCGAUCUGGUGGCUUUCACAAACCGCUUAAUUUGUCUCCCCCACUGUCAGCAUUACUCGACGGCGAGGUGACGCUUUCGCGACCUCAAACGGUGAAGAGACUCUGGCAGUAUAUCCGGGAGCACGAUCUUCAAGAUCCCAAUGACCGACGUCAGAUCCGCUGCGACGACGCCAUGCGAGCCGUGUUCAAACAGGAUCGCAUACACAUGUUUACCAUGACCAAGAUUCUGAACCAAAACCUGUAUAGUCCCGAUGAAUAG